GGCUGUCGGACACGACGCGAGAGCCUCGUAAUCGCUACGCGCACCCACCCACCUUCCUGCCUGCCUGCGGCGCCACCGACGCCUAGAGCCAAAAAUAACUAGGCGUCCCCACGCCACAACCCCCCGCUUCUCCUCCCACUCUCCCCCUCUCUCUCCUCUCUCCUCUCUCCUCCCCCCGAGAUCCGCUCCGGCCACCCGCCGGCGAGGCCGCCCCCCGCCCCGCCCGCCUUGCGAUCUUGGGACAGUGCGGCGCGUCCCGGAACGCCGGUUCUUGGCCGGUCGAGGUGGUGGUGGUGGUGAUAAACGGUGCGGUGUCUGAGGAGUGGGCGGUUGCUGCCGUGCCCGGAGGAGCUAGGAGGCGGCGGCGGGAGAGCACUGUUCUUGGAGGCUGCUUUUGAGGUGGGGUGGGGGGGAGGCGUUCGUUCGCCGCCGGCGCCGGUGGCGUGCGGUCGUGGGCGGGAGGUGGUGGUGGUGGUGCUGCUGCAUUGGGUGCGUCGUGGGUGGAUUCGGAUGGUUGCUUGGUAGGAUUUCCCUUUUCAUGGUCGAUGGGGUGGAAGGCGGCCAUGGUGGGGGGUAAGUUGGCCGGCGUCGGCGGCGAGAAGCUCAGGUGCGCCGCGGCGCCCGCCGCGGCGGCGCGGUCGCGGAUGAAGCUGUGGAUGGUGCGCGCCACCACCACGGUGCUCCUCUGGACCUGCGUCGUGCAGCUCACCGCCGUCGGCGACACCUGGGGCCCCCGCGUGCUCAAGGGCUGGCCCUCCUGCAUCACCUCGCCCGACGACGACGCCGCCUCCGCCACGCUCGCCGCCGCCCGCCCGGAGCCCGUCGUCGACAAGGCCGUGCUACCGCCCAAAAGAAUUUAUAGGAACAAUGGUUAUCUGAUGGUCUCAUGUAAUGGUGGACUUAAUCAAAUGCGAGCUGCAAUAUGCGACAUGGUUGUAAUUGCGAGAUAUUUGAAUGUCACUUUGGUUGUGCCAGAGUUGGAUAAGACAUCAUUUUGGAAUGAUCCAAGUGAGUUCCAAGAUAUAUUCGAUGUUGAACACUUUAUAACCUCUUUAAGAGAUGAAGUUCGCAUAUUGAGAGAACUGCCUCCAAGGGUAAAACGAAGAGUUGAACAUGGGAUGUACCACUCAAUGCCACCAAUAAGUUGGUCUGAUAUCUCCUAUUACCAUAACCAGAUUCUCCCUUUGAUACGGAAGUACAAGGUUCUCCAUUUGAACAGAACUGAUGCUAGGCUAGCAAACAAUGGUUUACCUAUGGAGAUUCAGAAACUGCGUUGCCGAGUAAACUAUGCCUCCUUGAGAUUCACUUCGCAAAUUGAGGAGUUGGGAAAGAGAGUAAUUAGGAUACUCCGCCAAAAUGGCCCUUUCUUGGUUCUUCACUUACGUUAUGAAAUGGAUAUGCUGGCUUUCUCUGGCUGUACACAAGGUUGCAGUAAUGAAGAAGCAGACGACCUCACAAGAAUGAGGUACGCUUAUCCAUGGUGGAAGGAGAAAAUUAUAAAUUCAGAAUUGAAAAGAAAGGAUGGUCUUUGCCCAUUGACGCCAGAGGAGACUGCCCUUGUCCUCAGGGCAUUGGACAUCGAUAGAAGCAUGCAAAUAUAUAUUGCAGCUGGAGAAAUAUAUGGUGGAAAGCGCAGAAUGUCUGCUCUCACUUCAGCGUAUCCUAAUGUGGUGAGGAAAGAGACACUUUUGGAACCUUCUGAUCUAAUGUUCUUCCAGAACCACUCAUCACAAAUGGCAGCACUAGAUUACUUGGUUUCUUUGGAAAGUGACAUCUUUGUUCCUACAUAUGAUGGCAAUAUGGCUAAAGUUGUCGAGGGUCAUCGGAGAUACAUGGGGUUCAAGAAGACAAUCUUGUUAGACCGAAAACUUAUUGUUGAGCUAGUAGAUCAAUACAACAACAGUUCUUUGCGAUGGGAUGAGUUCUCUUUAAUGCUCAAGGCUGCCCAUGCAAACCGGAUGGGAUCAGCUUCAAAGAGGACGGUGAUUCUUGACAGACCUAAGGAAGAGGACUAUUUUUAUGCCAAUCCCCAAGAAUGCCUGCAAGAUUCUAAUCUCUUACAUACAUCAUGAUAUCCACUAUGUUAAUAUUUCAUCCACGCUAUACUGUUCCAUUCUUUCGUAAAUGCAACUGUGAAUCAAGAGUUGGGGUCCUCGCUAUUUUGAAGUGAAAAGGCGGCUCGGCCUCAAGCUUGAGCCAUAGAUGAAUUCAAACUCAAGGACAAGGGAGGUAAGGGGGGUGUUGUUUGUAGUUGGUAAAUACACAUAAUAGAAAUGGAGGCAGAUUUGUUUAUUCCACAAAAUAAAGAGUAACACUCUUUGUAUAGAUGGUUGAUAGAAUCUACCAUGAAGGCCAAGGUAAUUUAAAGAGAGAUGCUGGAUCCCCAUCUCGGAUCUCGGGUGGUGUAACAUAGCAAUUGUUCUUGGUAGCCCCCCCUCCCUCCCCAUCGGCAAAAAUUUUGUCCACCAAAGUUGUUGGAAAAAGAAUUAUAUAUACACUGUUUAUUGAAUCGAUACAGCCUUUAUGAAGAUAUAUGGUAACUUGUGCAGAAUGUUUCUACCACUUGUAAUUUGUAAUGCUGCUCUUGCAUUGAUUUCCUACAUGGAGGUUGCUUUGUUAA